UCUAUCAACUUGCCGUCCACAAUUGAAACUGGACUCCUUCCUAAUCCUUGAAGGCUAUUUCUUUUUUACUUGGCUUCCAUAGGCACGUUGCAGAUUAUGCACUGAACCCCUCCAGAGAAUUGCACAAUUCCUCUCUCUCUCUCUUUCUUUCUUUCUGAUCAAAACAGUAGGUGGAGAGAGCACCAUCCAUACAUACCCAUGCAUAUGCGCAAUCCCCACUGAUUCCCUUCCUGCACCGUCUCCUCCUCCCUCCCCCUCUCUCUGUCGUGAGAGCAUGUCCAUCAAUUCUCGGACGCUAUACCACCACUAUUUCUAAGUCAACUCCUCUUCUGUAAUCGUGACCACGUCCAGGACCCUUUGAGCGCCAAGUCUCCCCCUCCCUCCCUGCUACGAACCGACUGUCCCCGCCGCGGCCGGAACAACGAAUUAGAGAGAGACAUGGGUCUCGCUUUAAUUCUCGGCCUUGCGGCGGCCAUCGCAGCUCUUAUACUUUGCGGCUCCCUCGCCUUCAUCGCCUACCUUAAGUUCUUCCGCGCCGGGGUCCUGUCCUCCAGCCCCACCAGCGACGUCGAGCUUGGGGCAGACGAGGGCCAAGCAGCCGACGUCUCCAAACUGGCGAUCUCUCCCCAGAAAGAGGCGGACGUUCGUCGGCACAGGUGGCAGGAGGUCGAGGCCCUCCUCGGCGACCGCGCGGCCGCCGCUGUGAUCGGAGAGGGAGGCUUCAGCACCGUCUACCUAGCCCGCCUCCCCGACUCCACCCUCGCAGCCCUCAAGGUCUACGCCGGGGGCGGCGGUGAGCUCCCGCGCCGCGCCUUCCGCCAGGAGCUCGACGUCCUCCUCCGGCUCCGCCACCCGCGCAUCGUCCGCCUCCUCGCCUACUCUGACGACCGCGAAGAAGACGACGACGAAGGGGUUCUGAUGUUGGAGUACGUACCGAACGGGACGCUCCACGAGAAGCUCCAUGGUGGUGGCUCCACCCUGCCAUGGGCCGCGCGCACGCGUGUCGCGUACGAGGUCGCCGGUGCCGUCGAGUAUCUCCACGACGGAGGAGGCUCCAGCCUCCCGAUCGUCCACGGCGACCUGACGACGGCGAACGUGCUCCUCCAUGUCGAUCUCGGCCCCAAGCUCUGCGACUUCGGGUCGGCCCGGGUCGGAUUCUCGGCGGCGGUCCGGCCGGCGGCGCCAGUGGUGGGGUCACCGGGUUACACCGACCCGCACUACCUCCGGACCGGGAUCGCCUCCAAGAAAACGGACGUGUACAGCUUCGGGGUCCUCCUCCUGGAACUCCUAACGGGACGCCCAGCCGUCGGAUCGGAGGGCGGAAUGACGCUGGCGGCGGCGAUGGCGCCGCGGCUGCGGGGCGCGGGGAGUGGGGUGGCGGAGGUGGUGGAUCCCAGGUUGGGUGGCGAGUACGACGAGGCGGAGGCGGCGGCUAUGGCGGCGAUCGCCGCAUCCUGCGUCGGGGAGCAACCAACCUUGAGGCCGUCGAUGACGGAGAUACGGAGCAUCAUGCGGGAGGCGGUGGGAUCGUCGGUGAUGUCGACCUUCGAUGGGGGAUCCGAUGGGCAAAAUAAAGAAACAGAAGAGUAGUCAAGGUUUAGGCCGCAAGGAAAUUAACUUUGUAACUGUCGACUGAAACAAGGCACCGGCGCAGGUUGAUGAGAACUAAACAUUAAUAGUAGUAGUAAUAAGAUGGUUUGGUCCUAAUCCUCCUCCAUUGGGGGGAAUACAUGCGCCACAUAUAUAAAGGCAGAAUCAACGAGCUCGUUACCUAACGGAACGAAAAAACAGAAGCAUGAUAAACAUACAUCGUCAUUUCAUCUGAAA